UAAUGUUGUUGCUUAAAUGUUUUUCAUUCGAUGCUUUUAUUUCUUCUUUAUGAACUAAUGUCUUCCGCAAAGGGGCCCUACAGAGAUAUGUCAGGCGUUACGUCAGUGUUACAUUGAUAUGCACAUCUACUUAGGCUCAUACAAAGUAUAUAGGGCAGCCGGUAGCCUCAUACGUACGGACGUAUGGGCUGUCAGGAUUUACAGCAUAAUACAUUACUUUCCUGCAAUGCUAUUCAGAACGUCUACAGAGGUAAAAACCAGGAACACCCGUGUCGAUCGAAGCGCGGUAUACAAUAAGAGGGUGUAUCCUUCAGUUCACACCCAGCCUCGUGGGAGACCUUAGCAUAGACAUAGACAAGGGUACGGCGCUGUCCUCCACAUGCCUUACACCAUGCCAUUGCAUCACCAUCCGUGCGAUAAGCAUCUCCCUGAACACAUAAACAAUGUCAUCCAAAAUGCCGAGUCAGGAAUGCUGUUUUGACUGUCAAUUUAUCCAACAGUCAACUACAGCUGAGGAACCCCUAAAACACAGCUAUGGCCACAUCAUAGUGGAAUCCCACCCGCACAUUGUUAACGGGGAAUGUAAUAGUGAGAUGUCCUUCCGCUUAAAUGAGUAUAAAAAAGGUAAUGGUUUUCCCCGACCAGAUUUGACAACUGGAGCAUCGGAACAUUUCGAUAGUGGCAUCGGUUUAGGUAGUAAGCCGGGUUCACCGACUGACGAAGAAGUAAGUCGCUGGGAACAGCAGAAAAUGCAGACUCCAACAUCUACGAAAGAUGUAUGCCCUAAAAGCAAUGAACAAGCAAACGGCAAGCCAAAAGUCAAACCCCCAGUCAAGCCAAAAAACAAAUCCAGACCGCUUCUGUCUUCAGGGGCUCCAAAGAGCUCUCGUCAUGACAAACCAGGGACUGAUACACCUGGACGAAACCUUGACCAUGAAGAACCUCCAAUCCAAGCGGGACUUACAUUUGACGAACUGGUCCAAAAAGACAUUAAGAAUUUCAUGUCACGAAUAAAAAGUGGCUGGACCUUUAGCAACCCAAGAUUUGUCGGGCAAGAGAUAGGGGCUGAGGGCGGACAUUUGGAGAUAAAGAGCGGUAAUGGUAACUACUCGGUUCAUCUAAUACUUCCAGAGGGCGCUGUUAAUCAGGCUCAGCCGAUAUAUAUGGCCGUGAACUGGAACACACGUGGCAUUUCCCCAAGGGUCAAGCUAGGGCCUCCAGGUAGAAAGUUUAACAAGUGUGUCUAUCUCAAAAUUCCCAUAUAUUCGGACAAAGACAAGGAUCUAGCGGUGAUCCGCCGCGAAGACGAGAACUCUGAGUGGAUGACGAAUCCGGGAACAGCCAAGUGUUUGCAUCUUGGGGAUGACGCCAUGAUUGAAACCUCCUCGUUCUCGGAUUACGAGCUGAAACCACAGGGGCAGUUUUGUUUCCGCUGGUUACACGUCUUCGUUCAGCAGGGCACGGAUGGUGAUGGCGUGUCGGUCAGAGUCUACCUGACUAAAGACCAGGACAACGAAGCCCUCACAAAACGUGAGAAAGGCUUGAAUGGUGUGAUGAGGAGAAAAACUAACAUUCCCCUGGACAAUCAACCACUUCGGUUGGAACUGAGGUGCGAUCGCGGAUUGAAGACGUUAGACUUCACCAACUACAGGGUAAGUGUUUCCGUUCAUGGGACAAAAAUAAUGAUCGGAACUUAAUAUAAUUUUUUAAAUACGGUAUUCAAUACUUUUUCAGCUUUUCUUUCAGGGGAAAAAAAAGCAUUGGAAAAAUGAUGUAUAUUGUGGGUAUCUUGGACCAUCUCUUGUUAUACAAGAAGUAACAAAUUUAUCCAUAAAUAUGCUUUCAUGAGAAUGUAAUGCAUGUCUAAUGAAUCAUGUUUUUGUCCGCUAGCUAAAUAGAUCGAUUCGUAAAGUGAAAUACUAAAUAUUUAGAAACUUUCAUGUAAGUUUUUUUUUCUUUUCAAAGUAUGCCAUACAGAAGA